UUAUCUAAUCAGUUGUCCAAAAACGGCGAGUCAUAUAAACUUGUGUUCCUAUGAUUAUCGCCCAUUUUAUUGCAAUAAGUAUGAAACGACAUCUUUGGUUUGUUCAGAGUGUCCCGUUUUGAAUGUAACCGGAGGCUCUUUGACGUACAGGCAACUUGGUACGAUAGCUACACUGACGUGUAACUUUGGAUACUAUUCAAAUCUCACUGUAUUUUAUUGCUUGAACGGGACUUGGACGUCUCCAAAUGCUAUAUGUUUGCCUAACCCGCCACUUAAUAUCACCAACGUUCGCCUUGCUGACGGACCGUAUCCUAACGUUGGUCGCGUGGAGCUCGCCAUUGAUGGGAUUUACGGCUCUGUGUGCGAUCGUAACUUUGAUUAUGGCACUGCAGAUGUCGUAUGUAAAGCUCUGAAUUCAAGCUUGCGUGCGGCCGUCUAUUUCACUGGAGCUAAAUUUGGUGAAGGAUCUGGUCCCAUCCACAUUGAUGAACUUCACUGUGAGGCCAACAACAUCACUCUUAACCAGUGCAAGUAUGCCAAAAGAGGUCAGUGCAGUCACAAUCAAGACGUAUCAGUUCUUUGCAACGAAUGUGGGAAGCCCAAUAUUGCAUAUUGGGGAGUGGGUUAUUUCAAUUUCAAUGGUACAACACUGUUUGCCAACUGUGAAUACUACAAGUCUUAUGUCAGUUAUCUACAAAUGGUUUGCACGGCUAGUAGAUGGAAAACUAUCGGCGAUUGUCAAGAAUACACUAGACCACUACACAUUGACGACAUAAAACUUGUUGGUGGAAUGAAUGUAACGGACGGAAGAGUUGAGAUCAAAGUCUUUAAUACUUGGGGUACAAUUUGUGGUGACAACUUUGGAAUCGAAGAGGCAAAUGUUAUAUGUAGAAUGAUUGGCUAUUACCCGGCCAGGAGAUUCUAUACCGCAGUAAAUGGGGGAUCCGGGCCAAUCGUUGUUGAUAACAUGGUGUGUGGUUCCAACAUGUAUCACAUCAAUGAGUGCCAGUAUGAUACGUUUGACAACUGUGAUCAUAACAGAGACGUGGCAGUUACAUGCACCGGUACGACGCAUUAAAUUGUGGGAAUCCGACUCCAUUUCAUGCGCAUGCAAAUGAUACAAAAUCCAGCGUGGGAACGGUGAUUAGCAUAUCAUGUGACCGAGGCUCUCAACUGAACGGUGACGCAGUGAUAACGUGUCUGCAAAGUGGCAAAUGGUCCGGUUCUCCAUACUGUAGCUUAAUUGAUUGUGGUGAUCCAACACCACUUCAUGGCAAAAGUAAUGGGACGUCUUAUUACCUAGACGAUGUGAUCACGGUGACAUGUAAUACUGGCUACAAUCAAUCUGGAGAUUUGGUUAUUCGAUGUCAAAACAACACAAAGUGGACCGAUAAUCCUGCAUGACAUAUUAUUGAUUGUGGUGCCCUUACACUCGGCAAUAUGAGUAUAGAUGUUUUUAACGCAACAACGUACGGAGAAGUAGCAGUGGUUCGGUGUAAUCAAGGGUUCAAACCACGAGGUUCGUGGACUGUGAAAUGCGAGGCGAGUGGAAAUUGGAAUCUUACACACGUUUCUAAAUGUGAACUAAUAGAUUGCGAUGAUCCAACCCCGGUAAGAGGUCGCGUAAACACUUCCGAAACAGUAUUAAACACAGUGGUCAACGUUUCAUGUGAAGAAGGAUAUGAACUGUCAGGUUCUCGCGUCAUCAUAUGCCAAGAAGAUGGAACGUGGUCUGGCAAAGCGAUAUGCGAUCCCUUAGAUUGCGGUAUGCUACAAGUAUCAAAUGCUGACGUCGUCACAUAUAAUGGGACAUCACUGGGUUCAGUUGCGAGAAUCACUUGCAAUGCUGGCUUUGUCAUACAAGGGCCAACGUCAGUUGAAUGUAUGGCACCUUAUGGAUGGAGCGCGACCGUUUCGUGUAUUCUCAUCGAAUGCCCUCGAUUUCAUUUGAAUAAUGGGCACGUUUUCGGAAACAACACAACGUAUGGUGCUUCUCUCGAACUUAAUUGCGACUCUGGAUACACACUCAUAGGUGGCAACCGAGUAACGUGUCAAGAUAAUAGACAGUGGAGUGAAAAUUCAACUUGCGUCAUUAAAGAUUGUGGGACCGUUACAGCACCCACACAUGGAAAGAUAUUGAACAUACCGAUUGUCACCACGUUUAAGUCUGAGAUACUCUUUGAUUGCGACUAUGGAUAUCUUCUGCAAGGAAUCGAUUCCAUCCAGUGUGACAGUAUAGGAUUAUGGACAAGUGCACCACCCAUUUGCAUAAAGAAGUCUGAACUAGGCGGUACCUGCACAAAUAAAAGACAAUGUCUUGCUGAAAAUGCUAUUUGUGAAGACAGUAAAUGCGCAUGCACUUCUUGUGUUUUUGACAACAAAACAAAUAAAUGCGAUACAAUGCCAUUGAUGCCGUUUGGAACUGAUGCUGGCGAUAUGUUGCUGGAUAAACCAGAUUGUAGUGGACCGAUUGUUUUCAAACCAACUAUCCCCGUAUUCAAGAAAAUGAGGGACACAAUGCACGUUUGUAAAAGUGGAUUGGUCAGUUUCGACAAGAAAUAUGUCAACCCUAAACCUGCAAUUCUUAAAGACGAAAACAGGAUUGUUUUUGAAUCUGCGAUUGAUAUCAAAGAUCCGGUCGUGGCAGCAUAUUUUUCGCAUAUCUACUUGGACAAGGCAUCGUCCAUACAUUACAGAACAUAUGAUAUCCUUAAUGAUUAUCCUUUUACAUCAAAAGCAAAUAAUGAAAUACGAUAUCUAGAGAAUGUUAUAAAACAAAUUGAAAACAUUUCCUCCUUUGAUGCAAAUUUUGUUUUGAUUGCUACAUGGAAUCGAGUGAAACCGAGAAGCUUCAUCUUUGAUAGAACACGCUCAGCAACGUUCCAGCUAGUCAUUAUUUCCAGUGGGGAAUUGACAUUUGCAAUGCACAUUUACGGUCAUGAACAAAUGAACUGGACGUUAAGCCAUACUACAAGUUCAGCUUACCCAGCUGCAAUCCCGCUGUGGAUUGGUCAUUCAGACAUUAAAGGUCCACGAUUCAAUCACUUCUUCUCAUUUAAAACACUGGCACUACGAAUGGAUAUGGGCACUAGAUCAGGAGGAAUUAGCGGCCUAUUGCUGAAAAACAUAGGAUCAACGAACGCAUCAUUGUCUAAUCACGCCGUUGACUGUAUAUUGUGGUUCAACAAAAACAGAAAGAAUAAGGAAGACUUUCAUACAUAUUCCCAACGACUUCCCAACUGCCCAUGUGACGUCAGUUUAGCUCAAUGGGAUCCUUGGUUUUGGGCUAUUAGACGCUCUAUAAGAAGAAAUACGGAUAAUGACAUUUUGUGUGUGGACAUGCAAUUUGGAGAACCAUAUAAACCGUAUGGAAAGUCUUGCUGUUACUAUCGAACAACUUUAACAUUUAUCGAUGAGCGACCUUUAGCAGGAGGAUUUUAUAUUCGGCACCCUACAGCAUCGGCACGCGACCACGAAAUAGAGGACAUUAUUGCUAAGGACAAAUGCUGUAAUAAAUCCGAUCAUUGCGACCUUUAUUAUCAGCUUCAUCCACCAGGAACCUGCUAUCGUGCAUCGCCAUACAACCUAGGUUCAUUCUGGGGUGAUCCACAUAUUCGAACGUUAGAUGCCACGAAUUAUACUUUCAAUGGUCUUGGUGAAUACGUAUUGCUCAGCAUUGACGCACCAAAUGUCACAUUUUCACUCCAAGCAAGAACUGAAAGAGCAAUGAAAAAGGAUGGUAACCUAUCAGAAGCAACUAUUUUCACAGCUUUUGCAGCGAAAGAUCAUCUCAACUCAUCUAUCCAUGUUGAGCUCAAUACAGAUAAAGACGAAAUAACGCUAAAUAUAGGCGUGGGGGCCGAAAUGCUUUCUUUAGAUACCAUCAUACCAAAGACAUUUCAAAAUAAAACACGCGGUCUCCUUGGUAAUAACGACGGAAAUCAAAACAACGACUUUGUGUAUCCCAAUGGAAGCGUUCUUAGAGCAGACGCUAGCGACGCGGAAAUAUUUCUGUUUGGUCAAUCAUGGGCUGUGAACGAUAAUACAUCCGUGUUUUUCUACGAAGAUGGUAAACGCCAUGCCGAUUACCACAACGCUUCCUAUGUUCCACGUUUCCUUGACACGGUGGACAAUGAAACGCUUGCUAAAGCAAUUCAUGCAUGCAAUGGAUCUGUGAACGUGGAAUGCGUUUAUGACUACGCGUUCACUUUGAACAUUGAGGUAGCUGAAAAUACGAACAACAAACGUCAAAACGUAGACAUGAUUCAGACAGAAAUAGCGAUGGUUAUGCCGAUAUAGAACACAUGCAGCACUGUAAAUGUAACCGUUGGAGAUAAUGUUUCCUGUUCGUUGAAUCUGGCGGCUGGCUUAGACUUAGAAAUCAUUGGUAACAGCACAUCACAUGUUGUCUACGACAAAGAAACAACAACGUUAUUUUUUAGGCAAACGAAUCAGAUCCCACACGAUAUAUGGUUUGUUGCCGUUAAUACAGACGGCAGGAAAUCAGUGCAAGAAACUGUCCCAACCAUCUUUUGCACUGGAUGCAGCGGUCAUGGUUACUGUACAGACCAAACAAGAUCUGAUCCACGGGAGAAGGCAUAUUUCAAAUAUUCUGAAUGCGUUUGUAAUCGCGGAUACAGUGAUGGUGGUAUAAAAUAUAAGUGUAAAUUCAGGAGUGGAUUGUGAAAACGUGAUUAACGGAUGUGCUGAUAGUCCCUGUUCACUGGGAAGAAAUUGUACCAGACUAACGGUUGCUGAGCAGAUAAAUCAAAACAGGACAUACAAAUGUUCUCCUUGUCCUGAUGGU